AUGGAUGCGCUCGCGCGUGCGGUGGUGCGCGCGACGCGCGGGGCGCAAGCGAACGGUGACGGCGCGCGUGGGAUCGCGACGCGCGCGAUCGGGGCGCCGCCGCGACGGCGAACGUUGGAGGGAUUGGGCGCGGCGACGCGGGCGCCGGGACGGGCGGCGCGACGAAGGAAAUCAAAGAGUCGAGGUGGCGCCGACGACGCGUUCGAUGACGGUGACGACGGUGGAUUCGGUGGAUUUGGUGGAUUCGGCGGCGGUGGAGGGGGGGGCGAUGGUGAGGGCAUGGGAUCGGAUGGAGACGACGACGACGACGAGGACGAGGACGCGUUUGAAUUCAAAAUGAAUCUGGAUGAGUUGCUCGAUUUCGAGCGUAAGGUUCUCGCCGACGCCGCCGUGAUCGAUGCGCACGCGUUAUACGCGUGGCAAAGCGCGUGCGCGGUGACUUUGGUCGGGUGCGUGCAGCACGUGAUCGAUACGGCGGUGGAGCGCGUCCGAGCCGGAGGGACCCUGACGUUCGCGUGA